GAAUUUCGAUCGGACGAUGACUCAUCUCCUUCGUCUCUCUUCGCAUAAUCUUCCAUCUUCUUCAAUCGCCGCCUAAUUGCAAAUCCGAAUCGUUUUUUGUAUGAUUGGGAGAUUUGGUGAAGAACUAGACGCAGCUUAGAGGAUAUUUGGGAAACAAUGUCAACUAAGGGAGAACAUCAUACAGUUCCACUUUCGGUGUUGCUUAAGCGUGAAUCAGCUAAUGAAAAGAUAGACAAUCCUGAACUUAUACACGGACAGGCUAAUCAGAGCAAGAAAGGAGAGGAUUUUACUCUUGUUAAAACAGAGUGUCAACGGGUUAUGGGAGAUGGCGUUACUACCUUCUCGGUUUUUGGGCUUUUUGAUGGACACAAUGGUUCUGCAGCAGCUAUCUACACUAAGGAGAACCUCUUGAACAAUGUAUUAGCUGCAAUACCCUCUGAUCUUAACAGAGAUGAGUGGGUUGCGGCACUUCCUAGGGCUUUGGUUGCAGGAUUUGUGAAAACUGAUAAAGAUUUCCAGGAAAGAGCAAGGACGUCUGGAACGACUGUAACUUUUGUCAUAGUAGAAGGAUGGGUGGUGAGUGUUGCAUCUGUAGGUGACUCUCGUUGCAUACUUGAACCUGCUGAGGGCGGUGUGUAUUAUUUGUCUGCUGAUCAUCGGCUUGAAAUAAACGAAGAAGAGCGAGAUCGAGUCACUGCAAGUGGUGGUGAAGUUGGUCGGUUAAAUACUGGUGGUGGUACUGAGAUUGGUCCUCUGAGAUGUUGGCCUGGUGGUCUGUGUCUCUCAAGAUCCAUUGGAGAUCUGGAUGUUGGCGAAUACAUUGUUCCAGUUCCUUAUGUAAAGCAAGUCAAGUUGUCUUCAGCUGGUGGUCGCCUUAUCAUCUCAAGUGACGGCGUGUGGGAUGCAAUAUCUGCUGAGGAGGCUCUUGAUUGUUGCCGGGGUUUGCCACCUGAAUCUUCCGCAGAGCAUAUCGUUAAAGAAGCUGUGGGUAAAAAAGGUCUUCGUGAUGAUACAACCUGUAUUGUUGUUGAUAUAUUGCCACUAGAAAAACCGGCUGCUUCCGUGCCACCUCCAAAAAAGCAAGGAAAAGGAAUGCUAAAGUCCAUGUUCAAAAGAAAAACAUCUGACUCCUCUUCUAAUAUCGAGAAAGAGUAUGCAGAACCUGAUGUAGUUGAAGAACUGUUUGAAGAGGGCUCUGCUAUGCUUUCAGAGAGAUUAGAUACAAAGUACCCGCUUUGCAAUAUGUUUAAGUUGUUUAUGUGUGCUGUGUGUCAAGUAGAAGUGAAACCUGGAGAAGGUGUGUCGAUCCAUGCUGGGUCAGAUAAUUGCCGUAAGCUUCGUCCCUGGGAUGGUCCAUUCCUUUGCGCAAGUUGCCAAGAUAAGAAAGACGCAAUGGAAGGGAAAAGAUCAUCGGGAGAUAGACAUAGUAGUGAAAGCGACUAGCCAGCAAUCUGCAAUUUAUUGGCACAGCAACUAACAAAACAGUAUUGUGAGU